UCUUCGGUUAUUGUAAAUAGGUAAACAAAAAUAAUUAAGUUGGUAGUCAUGUCAUAAAAUGAAUGAUUAUAUUAUGGACUAAUAUCAAAUUUAAUACCACCCAUAGUCGAACUAAAUGUGAUAUGUAAAAUAUUUAACACGGUUUUUAAGAUAAGAUAACCACCUAGUAUUGUGAUUUGUGAACAUCUUCAAGGCUACAUUAACAUUAAUUAUCGCAAAUUUGUCAAGCAGUAUUGGACUAUAGGUAAAUUGUAGGUAAUAAAAAUUCAUAUGUGAUUCGGACUGUGUCUUGACAAGAUGUCUUUAAAAACAUUAUUAUUUAGGGGAAGUCUAAAAGGAAAUAAAUUUAUUAAUUUCACGCCGAUUGUUAUUCGAAAUCAAUAUGAAAGGCAAAGGAACAAUACAAGAAAGUUACUUGGAGCAACAUCUGCUUUUAUUUUUAGUUCUGUUGCAGUGGGAUUAGCUAAUGAAAAAAACAAGAGUAAAGAUGAAAUUAUUGAAGCUGGAGCAAAGAGACCUGAUCUACCAACAUACAGAGCUGAGGAAGUCAGCAAGCAUGACAGCAAAUCAAGUUUCUGGGUCAUCUACAAGAAUGGGGUGUACGACGUGACGUCGUUCCUGCCGUCUCACCCAGGAGGUGAACAGAUUUUGAACGCAGGCGGAUUCAGCAUUGAACCAUUCUGGAAUGUGUAUGGAAUGCAUAAAACCGCAGAGAUAUAUACAUUGUUGGAAUCGUACAGGAUUGGAAACCUUCACGAUGAAGAUGUAAUGGACCACAGUGAUCACGAAUUGUGGGUGAAAGAGCCGUAUAGAGACAAGCGAUUGAUUGUGAAGACUGCGAAACCUUUCAAUGCUGAAAUACCACCUAAGGAGCAGGUCGAACAUUUUGACACUCCUAAUGAAUUGUUCUACGUCCGUCAACACAUGCCGGUGCCAGAAUUGGAUGAAAAAACACAUUCAUUCAAAAUAUACGUCAAAGGGGUCAAUAAGCAGUUCGAGUUCAGUUUAUCAGAGCUGGACCGCUUCCCACGAGUUUCUAUUCGGGCUGCGCUCAUGUGCGCUGGAAAUAGACGAAGCGAGAUGAAUAAGCAGGUUAAGCCUGUAAAGGGGCUAAAUUGGGCUGGUGGUGCCAUUAGUAACGCUGUGUGGACUGGUGUACGUCUCCGGGAUGUGUUAAUACAUUGCGGCGUUGACUUAGAAGAUACGGAGGGGAAACAUGUUAUUUUUACAGGCGCAGAUAUGGAUGCUACAGGCAUGAACUUCAGUACGUCGAUACCGCUCCACCAGGCGGUGGAUCCUCGCGCAGACAUAUUAAUAGCCACGCAUAUGAAUGGAGUGCCAUUACCGCCUGACCACGGUUAUCCCUUGAGAGCAAUAGUUCCCGGUGCGCCGGCCGUACGUAGCGUGAAAUGGCUUGAAUCGAUAACCAUCUCCCGCGACGAAAGCCCUUCCCAUUGGCACCAGAAAGACUACAGAGGUUUCAAUCCAAGCAAGACCUGGGAAACGGCAGACUUCAGCACGGCUCCACCUGUUUAUAGUCUGCCUGUUACCUCAGCUCUAUGUGACCCUGUAGAUGGCGACACUGUCAAUGUCAAAGGGGGCUGUGUUACCCUUAAAGGUUAUGCGUAUUCCGGAGGUGGAGCAAAAAUCUUAAGAGUAGAUGUCAGUAUGGAUCAAGGUCAAAGUUGGAUAGAAGCGGAAUUAAAAAGCGAUCCGGCACCACCGCGCCAACAUUAUUCCUGGACUCUCUGGAGGUUAAACGUUCCCGUGAAACGUGGAGACACUAAGAUGGAAGUAUGGGUGAAAGCAACAGAUAGCAACUUUAAUACUCAGCCAGAGAAAUUCGACGAUAUUUGGAACAUACGCGGCAUUCUUGGAAACGCCUAUCACAAAGUUAAAUUUAAUGUUAAACAUAAUUAAACCCCUUAGCAAAAAGUAGUUAAAAAAUAAUUAAAAAAUUGAAUCUUUUAUCCUAAGAAAAGAUUAUGAAACAAGAAAUUAAAGGCCAGCUGUGAUCUAUAUUACAGAUCUAAUACAGAUCAAUCAACAUAUCAAUCAUAAUUGCUAAAAAUCGCAAUUUUUCAUUUCAGUCAUUCUGACCAAAAAAAUUGAAGAAACUCGGCCAUUAUUCAACUGUUCUUAAUUGUGUAAAAAUAUGAGAAUUUGAAGAUUUAACUAUGAAAUUAUUACUCAUAAUACUCAAAUAGCUAUAAGCUUCAAAAUAAAAAACUAUUUACAAUUUAGAUUUUAAAAAUAAGUAAUGUAUUUAUAGUCUUGUUCUUACCUCUAUAGAGUUGUAGACCAUCUUUUAUUUUGUUUUAAUUAAACCACUACAAACAUUUGUGAUAUAAAAUCUCGAUAUAAUCGAACUUAAUUAUUGUAUUAAAAACUUAGUUUAACA